UUGGGAGGUGAAUCGAGAAAGCAGAGCGAGCGGCAGUGCGGGCUCCGGGAGGCAGGGGGCUCUGUGCUUGCGCCGCGGCGCCGGUGUCUUCUCCUCCUCGUCGGAGCGCCUCAGAGGCGGCGCCAGGCUCGACUCGGCCGCCUUCCUCCGCCCUCGCCCAUGGCUCCCGCCGGCGGCCUCGGCUCCUGAUGGGCUCCUGCGCUCGGUGCAACGGGCUGUUGGGGAGCGGGGGCUCGGUCUAGCGCGCCCGCCCGGGUAAGGAUCGCCGCCGCCGCCUGCGGGCCCUGAGAGGGCCGCCUCUCCUUCCCACUUGCCGCUGCUUCUCCGCUUCUCCUCCUCCUCCUGUUCCUGCCUCCGCUCCCCGCCCUGCCGGGCAAUGAGAAGCUGCUUCUGCUUGAAACGGGGGAGCCGGGAUCAGCCGCCGCCAGCGCCCCGGGCAACAGAACAGUCCACAAUGCCUGAGGUUAGAGAACUUGCUGAUGCCUUGCCAGAUGUGCCCAUGGACCCAAUCACUGGAGUCGGGGUCGUUGCUUCCCGGAACCGAGCGCCUACAAAUUACGAUGUCGUUGCACAGACGGCAGAUGGCUUGGAUGCUGACCUCUGGAAAGAUGGCCUGUUUAAAUCCAAGGUCACACGAUAUUUGUGCUUCACACGGACCUUUUCUAAAGAGAAUAGCCACCUGGGCAAUGUCUUGGUCGAUAUGAAGCUCAUAGAUAUCAAGGACACUUUGCCUGUCGGCUUCAUUCCUAUCCAAGAGACCAUGGACACACAAGAAACUGCUUUCCGGAAGAAGAGGCUCUGCAUCAAGUUCAUUCCGCGGGAUUCUACGGAGGCCGCAAUUUGCGAUAUUCGGAUCCUGGGCCGGGGCAAACAAGCCCCUCCGCAGUAUACGUUCAUUGGGGAACUGAACAACAUGGGCAUAUGGUACCGCAUGGGCAAAGUCCCCAGGAACCAUGAAUCGUCUCAGCCCACGACACCUUCUCCACAAGCUCCAGCUACAACGCCAGCUGCUAACCUUCCCAGGCAUAUAUCUCUGACACUUCCGGCCAGUUUUCGAGGGAAAGGGCAUGGCACUCGACCAGACUUUGAGUACCAGCACUCCAAUUUAUAUGCCAUAUCAGCGAUGGAAGGAGUGCCUUUUAUGAUCUCGGAGAAGUUCGCUUGCGCUUCCGAAGGGAUGCAGCCAGUCGAUCUCCUGGGCAUCACUAUUAAAUCCUUGGCAGAAAUCGAGAAGGAGUACGAUUACAGCUUCCGGACAGAGCAGAGCGCUGCAGCCAGGCUCCCCCCGAGCCCCACUCGAUGUCCACAGCUCCAGCAGUCCUGAAGCCCCCACCCCUGGGUGCCACGGAGAGGGGAAGCACAUGUACUACUGAGAGGGGAGAGUGAUUCCCCUCCUCUCCACGUAACCUUUUCCCCAAACCCCUUUAUUCUCCCCUCCCCACAAAAGCAGUGUUACUGGAACCCUUUCCAGCAAAGGGGACUCUUUCUUUCUCUUUCUUUCUUUCUUUCUUUCUUUCUUUCUUUCUUUCUUUCUUUCUUUCUUGUGUCUGAUGAUUUGUCGCUGUCUUUGUACAAAAUAACUGGAUAGGAUUUAUUUCUUCUUUGUUUCUCUCUUUUUAUUUUUGAUAUCUCUCCUUGCUUCAGAGAUUUUGAUUUGGCUGCGUUAACCCUUUUCAUCAACUGUCUUGACCUCCCAUAUCUCCUUUCAGGGUCCACUCUGCAUCAUAACCGUGCUAACCAAUGUGUUGGAUUGAUGGAUGUGUUGGUCCAUCGCCUUUUUUAUGAUGAUGUUCGCUUUGUUUCUGAUAACUGGUUCUGCCAGGUUAAAAUCCAGUGAAGGCAUCUUUCUCCAAAACGCCUUGCACCAUCUAGGAAGCCACAGCCACCUCAUCUGUGGCUUUUAACAGUGAUCUCCCAGCUCAUUCUGGAAUACCGCCAAUCCAGUGCAGUCUUACUGGUCAUGUGGGACUCUAAAAUCACAGCAUAUCAUUGGUUCUAAACUUGUACCUCAAUCUCUAUACAAGGUUGAGGUUUAUGUCCGGACUGAACAGAGACAAUAAACUGGGUUGUGCUUUUGGUUGGCUGGUGUUCUUCCAUAACCUGUGACAGUUUCACUCGGCACUGGAGGAGGGAAGAAAGUAAAUAAGAAAAGCCAACAAUUUUGCCUUCUUUGCCAUGAAAAUCCCACACAGCACAGCCAAUUGUUUGCAGUUGGAAAUGAGCUGAAGACCUUUUGUGGCCUGGACUUCCCUCUGGCUCAUGAAGAAGCCUGGAGAUCCACUCUCCCAAUCCCACUAGCAAAGCCAUUCUUCAUCCAAAGAUCAUGAUAUCCACCGUACUUGGUUUCCAAGGCCUGUUGGUGGGGGCCGCUUCUUUUUUCCAGCUGAAAAGAAAUAGACCUAGAUGUUUGCCUGGAAGCGUGGGAGAUGCUCUGUGGUGCCCUCUGUCUAUCUGUCUCUGAAUGCAGACUGCCUGGAAAGAUGUCCAGACUUCCAUUCUCUCCCCAGAAAUACUUGAAUGUGGCAGCUAAGAAAACAGCCAAUCAAAACAUGCCGGUCGCAGCAGCUGGCUCCUAAAGUCUUUGUCUCCCCUAUUGGCUGCUUGAUGAUGAGAGCGACCACCAUGUGUGCCUCUGGAAGCCUCCUGAGAAGGGAGUUAAGACUUCAGUUCACAACAAGUCUGGUCCCACUUCGCCAGCCCAAGAACAACUUUAAACUUCAGUCUCCAGUAUGCUCACGACAAGUGUCUUGUUCGAGACCCAAAUGCAUGUCUUGGUGAAAUCUGUUAACUGUAUUAUUAUUUUUUAAUGUUAUUUUGGAAAGCCUGUGUGAUCUCAUGUGCUGCUGUUUGUGAGUCCCUGCCGGAGAGAACAAAAUGUUUUUGAGGGGCAGCAAAGAGGGACAGGAUUAUUAACACUUCUCCCUACCCACUGCCCUCUUCAGGUGGAAAGGUUCAGCUGUGUAACAUGUAAAUAAUGAUUGUCUAACAGUCUUCAAAUUAAAACACGGUGGUCAUAGAAAGGCAGCUGCUCUUGUGAGUUGUUUGGUAAGCAUGUUCUUUAAUUGUUCUUCCGAGGUUAAGUGCAUGGAUGAAAGUUGAUAUAGACAUACCAUCUUCCUCCUGAUGGUGUGGGAUGCUCCUAGUACUUUAUUAUCUGUAGCCCUAAUUCUAUGUCUUAACAAAAUUCAGAUUUUUCCUAUGAUGACGACUUCAAUGCUUUUUUGAAAUACCAAAUGUCAAGUUCUUUUUAAAGUGUCUUUUUUUCUUCUCUUCUUUUUUGGUGCCUCUGCUUUGCUGGUGCCCUAAGCAUGUGCUUAGUCUGCCUAUAGGCUGACCCAGUACUGCUUGCAACUCCAGAGUUAUAAGAAUCCUCUCCAGCCCCAGUGGGUGGGUGGGCAGAUCUGAAGCUUUUUGGUGGACUGAGUUGCUGCUGUUUCAUUCACUCACAGUUCACAGCAGUGUUUACUUGAUAAGAGUGUUUUCAUGGGCCUUUCUCUCCUCCAGGUUUUUGACACACGUUGCCCCGCCAUCUUUAUCUGAAGAAUCCGUCUUCUAAAGCAAGGGUAGGGAAGCAGUGGCCCUCCAGUAGCUGUUGGACUACAACUCCCAUCAUCCCUGACAUUGACCAUGCUAGCUAGGGCUGAUGGGAGCAGGAGUGCCAGAGGUUUCCCACCCCUGAUCUACAUGCUGCUGUCUUUGUCACUGUUCUCCCUCAGCCCUGUUUUCCCACUCUGAACCCCAAAGAUUACCCAUGGAGCAGCAAAAGCUAUGGCUGGAAUGUACCACUUGAAACUUCAGGUGGGGACUCACAUCAUAGACUGUUCCCCAUCCAACACAUACACAAAAGCCAAUCCCCCAUGUAGAGAUCUAGCGUGUCAGGGGAAAGUCUAGGUUGCCCCCUUUUGACCUGACAUGCUAGGUGGCGGGAUUAUUGUUGGGGAUCAGGUCCACAAAAAGGCUUACCACCUCAGCUAAGAACUAGGCCCUAUGGGUCAUU